AUGAAUGACGAUUUACCUAAAGAAUAUUUCGAACUGAUACGAACAGCUCUGCGAAACAAAAAGGAUGAACCACAGGAGGAAAGACAAUUAAAGAAACGGAAAAGAAGAACAAGAACAACUGCAACAUCGGUACCUGAAAAGCAUGAAGAACAGACCACCCUAGAUCUUUCUUCGCCUAUCGACAAGUAUAGUAACACCCAAUUAAAAAGCCCGGAACGGAAAGAAGAACAUGCAGGAGAGGCGUCCAAUAGUAGUAACACUGAAAUCCAAGAUGAAGAUGAUGACGACGAAAACUAUAACUCUGAUGAUUUCGAAGAUGUGACUGAGAAUAAUAGCACUGAUGAAAAUAUCAAUGACAUAUCAAUAACAAUUGAAGAUCCCACUAAGAGAAAUGAAGCUAAAGGCAAAACUGCUUCUACUAGAAAUGUCUGUUCAAGAGAAGACAGGGAUAGGCGAUAUGCAUUCCAUAUGGCUGAUCUUUUAUGUCUAAUGGUCCAUGGGUAUCUAAGAAAUGAAUGGUUAAAUAGUAGUAAAUUCAUCGUCAAACUAAGUAAACUGGUACCUGAAAAGGUGUUUCAGUUGUUGCAUCCCGUAAAGGAUGAAGAAUUACCCUUAAGGAGUACCAGAAAAUUACUUGAUGGUCUCAAAAAGACAAUGGAACUUUGGAACAAACAUUGGAAAAUACUUCAAAAAUAUGAGGGUGUAGCUUGUUAUAUGAAGUCUUGGGAUGAAAUUACGACUAGUACGAAGCCAAACAGCCCAUUCUUUCUUUCAAAGAAACAGUUCAUUAGACAGGUGAUUAAAGGACAGGGUGAUAGAGACAUUGCAGCUCAAGGAUACGUGGCACUAUUGAGAGCAUGUAAUGUCAAUGCAAGACUGAUAAUGUCAUGUCAACCACCCGAUAUUACAGAUUUAAAAGAAAAAUGUAAGCCAAUAGAUAUUGAUUAUGACGAUAUGGUGAAAUAUCCAAUUUUUUGGUGUGAAGUAUGGGAUAAGUUUGCUAAAAAAUGGAUAACCAUCGAUUGCAUGAAUUUUCAUAUAAUUGAACAAGUCAAACACCGUUCCAAAUUAGAACCUCACGGGGUAGCAUGUUGCAAGAGAAAUAAUCUAAGAUAUGUUAUAGGAUAUGACAGAAAAAAUGGAUGUCGAGAUGUUACUCGUCGAUAUGCAGAAUGGUAUAAUGCGAAGACACGGAAAAAACGUAUAACCAAGGAGCCCAAGGGCGAGGAAUGGUUCAAUAAAGUCUUGACGACUCUUCACAGACGGAAACGUACCAAGAUUGAUGAUUAUGAAGAUGCAUAUUUGGAACAAAGGGAUUACGACGAAGCAAUGCCGGAUAACCUUCAAGAUUUGAAAAAUCAUCCAUAUUAUAUUUUAGAGACUGACUUAAGAAGAAAUCAAGUAUUAAAACCUGGUUCUAAAGAAUCUGGAUACUUACAUUUACAAGGAAGCAAAAGCAAGAAUAAGAAUAAAUUAUUAAAAGUUUAUGAACGAAAAAAUAUCUUGGACUUGAAAAGUGCAAGACAAUGGUACAUGGAAGGCCGUGUCUUGAAGACAGGAUCCCGAAGUUUGAAAACGGUGAAAAGGAGAGCAAUGCGACCCUCUUUAGAUGAUGAAGAAGACGAGGAGAGAUUAUAUUCGAUAGAUGAUACAGUGUUAUAUGUUCCACCUUUGGCCACUAGCGAUGGUGAAAUUACACCCAACGCAUAUGGAAAUAUAGAAGUUUUUGUUCCGACAAUGAUUCCAGGCAAUUGUUGCCUAAUAGAGAGUCCUUAUGCAAUAAAGGCUGCGAAGUUUCUACGAAUAAAUUAUGGUCGUGCAGUUACAGGGUUUAAAUUUGAGCGAGGACGAACAUCCAAACCUAUCAUUGGUGGUGUUGUGGUAGCAAACUGGUAUAGAGAUGCUGUUAAGUCCUGUAUCGACGGUAUAGAAUAUUCAGUUGACAAUGACAAAAAGCUGGAGGAGGAGCUUGAGUCUCUCAGGUGUUGGCACACACUUUUAUCAAAAUUGCGUAUUAAAAAGAAAUUAGAUGUCAUAUAUGGUACAGUGGGUGAAGAAAAUUUGAAUUUGGGAAAUGUGUCUGAUGAGGAUGUAGCUGAAGGAGGAGGCUUUUUCGUUCCUCGAACCGAGAGUUUUCCUGAACCAAAUGAUUCUGGAACUGAUGAUAACGAAGAUAUAAAUACAAGAGGCUUUCUUUUAACGAAUAAACGUGAAACAGGUGACUCAAACGAAUCGACAGAGAGGAAUGAAUCUCUUGACCGCCAAUCUACCAAUGACGAUGAACUUGAAGACGAUUAUGAUAAAUUUAUGGGUGAUCUCGAUAUGUCCGACCCUGAAUAA